CUGCAAUUAAGGGAUAGUUUGGAGUUGCUGAAAUACAUUGUCAUGUUGAAAUAAAACACAAGAAGCAGUUUUAAACAUUUACAACAAAAAAGAAAAUGACUGCAUUUGGUUGGAAGCGAAAAGCUGGGGAAAAGGUUGCUAGAAAAGCGUCUGUAGCCUUUGAAAAAGAUGCAAAAGAUGAAGUUAACCCUGAAGACGUAGAUGUGGACUGGCUUACAUUAGUUCCACAAAAGAAAAUAAUCUGCUUAGAAGAUUCCUUUGCAAAAAGCAACAGAUUGAAGCAGGAAGGAACAGUCUUAGCAGAUUCUGAGAGAUAUUGGGAGGCAGUAAGAAAAUGGGAUGAAGCCAUUAAACUGAAUCCAACAGAUGAAACAUUGUAUGAAAUGAAAUCACAGGUGUUGCUAAUCCUGUGUGAAGUAUACCCAGCUGUACAUAUGGGUGAAAGAGCUGUUGAAUUGAAGCCAACAUGGUGGGUGGCUCAUCAGACCUUAGGCAGAGCAUGCUUGGGCUUGGGCGAGGUCAGAAUGGCUUUAAAAAGUUUUUCUCGUGCUGUUCAUUUAAAUCCAGCAAACCCAGAACUCUGGAAGGAUGAUUUGUGGUGGGCUGCUGAGUUAUGGAAGAAGCAUACAGACUCUGUGAAAACCUUAAUGGCUCAGAAAGAAUCAGAAUCUAGUGUUGUGAUUAAAGAAUAUUCUGACAAUGAAGAUAUUGAAAAUGAGGAAAAUGUGUCAACUUCAAAGCCUUUGAAUUCACAUAAGAAAAUGUUCACCCAUACAGGAACAGCAAAACUGAAAACAAAAGCUUCCAAUGAUCAAUCAAAUUCCAAUCCCAAAUCAUUGCCUAAAAAUUAUGUUCAUAUGAGAGAUUUAUGAACUUUUCCUUGAAUUAUCAGUAUGUGUUUAUCUAAUUAGAGAUCAUGCAUAGUUAUAUACAUUUGUUAUCUAAAUUAUACUGAUUAAAAAUCUUUAAGUAUUGAAUAAUGCUCCAUAGCAAUAGAAUGACUUGUACAUGUCCUGUUCAAAAAAGUGAUGUAUAUAGUUAAACGAUGCAUCUCUCACCAUGUGUAUACAGUGUAAAUAAUUACACAUCAUAUAGGUAAUUGUAUACAGAGUAAUAACACACCAUUCAACAGGUGAUUGUAUACAGUGUAAUGAUACACCCCUCACCAAGUGAUUGUAUACAGUGUAAUGAUACACCCCUCACCAGGUGAUUGUAUACAGUGUAAUGAUAAACCCCUCACCAAGUGAUUGUAUACAGUGUAAUGAUACACCCCUCACCAGGUGAUUGUAUACAGUGUAAUAAUACACUGUUCAACAGGUGAGUGUAUACAGUGUAAUGAUACACCCCUCACCAGGUGAGUGUAUACUGUGUAAUGAUACACCCCUCACCAGGUGAUUGUAUACACUGUAAUGAUACAUCUCUCACCAGGUGAUUGUAUACAGUGUAAUGACACACCCCUCACCAGGUGAUUGUAUACAGUGUAAUGACACACCCCUCACCAGGUGAUUGUAUACAGUGUAAUGAUACACCCCUCACCAGGUGAUUGUAUACAGUGUAACGAUACACCCCUCACCAGGUGAUUGUAUACAGUGUAAUGACACACCCCUAACCAGGUGAUUGUAUACAGUGUAAUGAUACACCCCUCAACAGGUGAUUGUAUACAGUGUAAUGAUACACCACUCACCAGGUGAUUGUAUACAGUGUAAUGAUACACCACUCACCAGGUGAUUGUAUACAGUGUAAUGAUACACCCCUCACCAGGUGAUUGUAUACAGUGUAAUGAUACACCCCUCACCAGGUGAUUGUAUACAGUGUGAUGAUACAUCUCUCACUGAAGUAUGUCAAAGUGAUUACCCAGUGUGCCAUCCUGAAUAUUUGAGUGGACAGAAUAAAAUCGAAAAAUAAGA